AUGGGUUGGGAUCUAGCAGCGGAGACAAUUCUUUCCUCCAGCAGGAGUGCUCCUCCGGAGCGAGCCCCACCCCUGGCAAAGAUGUUUUCGGUGAGGCUCUUCUGCCUGGUCCUCACUGUGGUGGGCACAGUUCAGAUAGCAGAGGCCCAACAUGAAGGUGAAUUUAUAGCUGAAGGAGGAGGUGUGCGUGGCCCAAGACCUACGGAAAGACAUCAAUCUGCCUGCAAGGAGUCAGACUGGCCUUUCUGUUCUGACGAAGACUGGAACAUCAAAUGCCCUUCUGGCUGCAGAAUGAAAGGGUUGAUUGAUGAAGUCAAUCAAGAUUUUACAAACAGAAUAAAUAAACUAAAAAAUUCACUAUUUGAUUAUCAGAAAAACAAUAAAGACUCUAGUACAUUGAGCAGAAACAUAAUUGAGCUUUUGAGAGGGGACUUCUCCAAUGCUAACAACAAUGAUAAUAUAUACAGCCAAGUGUCAGAAGAACUGAGAAGCAGAAUUGAGAUCUUGAAGCGCAAAGUCUUAGAAAAAGUACAGCACAUCCACCUUCUGCAGAAAAAUGUCAGGGAUCAGCUGGUAGAGAUGAAACGGCUGGAGGUGGACAUUGAUAUUAAGAUCCGAUCUUGCAAAGGGUCAUGCAGUAGGGCUUUAGAACAUAAGGUAGACCUCAAGGACUAUGAAAAUCAGCAGAAGCAACUUGACCAGGUUAUUGCCAUAAACUUACUUCCCUCUAGAGAUAGGCAAUACUUACCACUGAUAAAAAUCAGCCCACUUCCAGACAUAACUCCUGGAGAUUUCAAGACCCAGACUCGGGAAGCCCCUCCAGAGUGGAAGGCACUGCUGGAAACACGGCAGAUGAAAAUGGUGUUGGAGAGGGUUGGUGGAGACGAGCAUACCCGAGGAGGCUCUAUAUCUCAUGGACCAGGAUCGGUACCUGGAACUGGUAGCCCUGGAGGUCUGAAACCUGGGAGCUACGGACCUGGAGGUCCUGGCACUUGGAAGCCUGGCCGUCCUGAGCCUGGAAGUACUGGCACUUGGGAUUCUGGCCGUCCUGAUCCUGGAAGUGCUGGCACUUGGAAGCCUGGCCGUCCUGAGCCUGGAAGUACUGGCACUUGGGAUUCUGGCCGUCCUGAUCCUGGAAGUGCUGGCACUUGGAAGCCUGGCCGUCCUGAGCCUGGAAGUACUGGCACUUGGGAUUCUGGCCGUCCUGAUCCUGGAAGUGCUGGCACUUGGAAGCCUGGCCAUCCUGAGUCUGGAAGUACUGGCACUUGGCACUCCGAACAUUCUGGGUCUGGAAGUUUAAGGCCAGAUAGCUCAGGGCCCGGGGACACCAAUCCUUCCAACCCAGACUGGGGCACAUUCAAAGAAACGCCAGGAAGUGUAAGUCCAGGGACAAAGAGCGAGCUCCACACAAGUAAACUGGUCACUUCAAAAGGAGAUAAGGACAUUGUGAUUGGUAAGGAGAAAGUCACCUCUGGUCACACAAGCACCACUCACCGUUCAUGCUCUAAAACCAUCACGAAGACUGUUACGAAAGCUGAUGGUCGAACAGAAACCAUCAAGGAAGUGAUAAACUCCGAAGAUGGUUCUGACUGCGGUGGCACUGAUGUAGAGUUCGCCCACAUGUUCUCUGGCAAGGGUAGCUUAGAUGAGUUUUUUCAUAGGCACAGGGAUGAAACAAGCUUAGGUAAGCCAUUUCCAGAUUUCUUCUCCCCAGUCCUUAAAGAGUUUGAUGGUAAGACCCAUCCUGGGGGCCCAGGAUCUGACCUCGCAGGCUUAGGGGACAUAGCCUUCUUCCACCCUGAUGGACCUGAGUACUCUUCCAGUAGUAAAAUUUCAAGUCACAGCAAACAGACCAUAACCAAGACUAUCAACCGAGAAGGCGGCGAGGUGGAAAGCAAGAGCUAUAAAAUGGAAGAUGAGGCCGAUAGUGAAGAGGGUCUUGACCUUAAAGGAGGGCAUGUCAUCAAGAGAGUCUAUACUAGAACUCGCCCUGCCAGAGACUGUGGUGAUGCCCUUCAAACACAUCCUUCAGGUGCCCAAAGUGGCAUUUUCAAUAUCGAGCUACCAGGAUCCAGUAAGAUUUUUUCUGUUUAUUGCGAUCAAGAGACCGAUUUGGGAGGAUGGCUUUUGAUCCAGCAAAGAACGGAUGGAUCCCUGAAUUUUAACCGGACCUGGCAAGACUACAAGAGAGGUUUCGGCAGCCUGAAUGACAAGGGAGAAGGAGAAUUCUGGCUAGGCAAUGAAUACCUCCACUUACUAACCUUGAGGGGCUCUGUCCUUCGGGUUGAGUUAGAAGACUGGGCUGGGAAAGGGGCUUAUGCAGAAUAUCAUUUGAGGGUAGGCUCAGAGGCGGAAGGCUAUGCCCUGCAGGUCUCCUCCUACGAGGGCACAGCAGGAGAUGCUCUGAUCGAGGGUUCCCCAGAGGAAGGGUCAGAGUACACUUCUCACGCAGGCAUGCAGUUCAGCACCUUUGACAGGGAUGCAGACAAGUGGGAAGAGAACUGUGCCGAAGUCUAUGGAGGGGGCUGGUGGUACAACAACUGCCAAGCAGCCAAUCUCAAUGGCAUCUACUACACUGGGGGCUCCUAUGACCCUAGGGACAACAGCCCCUAUGAGAUUGAGAAUGGCGUGGUCUGGGUCCCCUUCAGAGGUGCCGAUUAUUCCCUCAGGGCCGUUCGCAUGAAAAUCCGGCCCUUGGUGACACCAUAG